AAGAAGGUAAUGGAACAUUCCUUCCCCCUUUUUCGCAAUCGUUUGGUUUCCUCCGUAACCCGGUAGAUUUUCCCACGUGACCGACGCAACGUCCUUUCUUGUGGCAGCCAUCGAGAAAAAUGGCAAAGAUCAAGGCCAGAGACCUGCGUGGAAAGAAAAAGGAGGAGCUGCUGAAACAGCUGGAGGAUCUGAAGGUGGAGCUUUCCCAGCUCCGCGUCGCUAAGGUUACCGGAGGAGCUGCAUCCAAACUCUCCAAGAUCCGCGUUGUCCGCAAGUCCAUCGCCAGAGUCCUAACAGUAAUCAACCAGACACAGAAGGAGAAUCUGAGGAAGUUUUACAAGGGUAAAAAGUACAAGCCUUUGGACCUGAGGCCCAAGAAGACACGUGCCAUCCGUCGUCAGCUGACAAAACACGAGCAGAACCUGAUGACCAAGAAGAUGCAGAGGAAGUCCCGCCUCUACGCCAUCCGCAAGUUCGCAGUCAAGGCUUGAGAGGCUGUACUGUUAUCUUUCACUGAAAAAAAUAAACUCCCCACCCUGGAAUUAAGAAACA